AUGGAUGAUAAUUUGGCAAAGUCUUUUUGGUAUUCUCCGAAGGUGGGAUUUUCUUAUUCCAAUUCUUUAGGUAGGUCGGGAGGAUUACUCAUUUUAUGGAAUGAUAAAGUGGAAGUCUUGAAUAGCUUUAAAGGAAAGGGUUACUUGGGAAUAAAAGCUUGUUGGGAGAAUAAGUUUUAUUAUGUGGUAAAUGUGUAUUCGCCUUGUAUGUUGAACAAAAAGAUUGCGUUAUGGAAGAAGUUGCUUGAGUUGAAGGAGACAUUCAAGGAUGGGGAAUGGAUUAUGGGAGGGGACUUCAACGCGAUUAAAAACAUUAGAGAAAGGAAGGGGAGAGCGGUGUCCGUGAAUAAUAGAGAAGUGGAGCCUUUUGCGGAGUUUAUUAACAAAAGUUCUUUGGUGGAUAUUCCUUGCAAAGGGAAAAAGUUCUCUUGGGAUAUUUCGGACCAUGGUCCCAUUUGGAUUAUGAAGGAUCAAAGGAAUUGGGGCCCAAAACCAUUUAAAUUCAACAAUGAAUGGUUUAGUUUCGAUUCUUUUAUCCCCUUUGUGGAAAACGAGUGGAAAAGCUUGAAGGUGGAAGGAAGAGGUGAUUAUGUUUUAAAAGAAAAACUAAGGCUCUUAAAAGAUAAGUUAAGAAGUUGGAAUAAGGAUGUGUUUGGAAGAAUUGAAUUGGAGAUGGAGGACAGAGCUUGCAAGUUGAAUUUGGCCGAUGACAAAUUAGCCUCAGAUGAUUAUAUCAACUUUGAAAGCACAAUUGAGUUUAGGAAGGAAGCGUGUAGUAAGUUGGAUUAA